UCGCCAGUUAGGACCUACUUUUAGCCCUAAGAUCCUUUGUGAAUACGGCCCCAGAUCUACACUUAACAGAGCGUCUCUGUCUAAAUAAUGGUUGGUGGUGAUGACGAUACAAUAAAGCCUCCUAUUUAACACACUGACACAAGACAGUGACGGCACCAUUAGUGUAUGCACCAGAUAAAUAAACAUAAUUAUAUAUCCCAUAAUAAUCUUCAGAAAAUUUCCUCCCAAAUCUUUAUUGAAAAUACAGAAGAAUGCCCAACUUCAAUUCAUUGACCCAAGCAUAAACAUAAGGUUAAUAGCCAUAGCAUGAUCUGAGUUACCUCUGGAGAGUAAUAACUCCUAUGAGAACUACAUUUGAGUAAAGGAUGACAAAUCACAACCAUGGCUCCUACGUAAGACGUCACAGAUCCAUAAUAAUAAAAUAAAAUACGGUUAUUUGGACAUUUAUCUGUGGGCAACUCAGGUGAGUGCGCAAAAUAAGGGUGUGUACUGUUAGUUAGAAUAUUUGUGAAACUAAUAAGUUCACUGGAUUUGACGUUUCUCUUAUUUUGUUACUCUUUCAUUGACAGCUGGAAUAUACAGAAAUCGGUCUUCCUUAAAUUGGAUGCGUGUUGAUGCAAUUGUUAGGGCAAUGCACAAUGUUUCAACAGAUAUUUGAUUCUUGAUUGUGUGAAUGUUAACAAAUUUCCUUCUUUAGGUUUUCUUCCCAGUUCACAUAUCAACAUGCAUAAUGUGACCGGGUUGUCGGGCAAUUCAACAUCUCCAACCAAUUUACACGUUAUCAUCAAGGUGUGUGUGGUGGUUCCCUUCUUCUCCAUCUUCCUCUUCUGCAUCGUACUCAUGCUCUACAUCUUUGCAUCUAACCGGCACUUCAUGGACAGCACUCGCUACAUCUUGUUUGCCUUCAUGCUGGUCAACGACACCCUAGUAAUGUUGUCCUCUGUGCUGCUCUUUCUGCUGGCAAUGGGCCAAUUGAGGUUCCCCAUUGUCUUCUGUGCCCCCCUGCUGUUCUUCUCCACUGCUUCCUUCCUCAACACCCCUCUCAUCCUAGCUACCAUGUCCCUGGAGCGCUACGUGGCUAUCAUGUACCCACUGCAGUGCCCACCUGCGUGGCGGUCCGACCGCGUCUGGAUCAUCUUGCUGUGCCUGUGGCUCAUCAGCUGUGUCCUCCCCACGGUGGACUUCUCCAUAGCGGGGGCUCGUCCCGGUGUGGACGUCCUCUCCACGCCCGUCUAUUGCAACCCUGUGGCCCUCAACUCUUCUCCCGUCCAGAUUUUAUUCAAGGUCUCCCUGAAUGGGCUUUUCUUCGGAACGAUGGCAGUCAUCAUCCUCUACACCUACAUAAAGAUCCUCCUGGAGACCAAGAAGAUGAGGCAGGACAGGGCCUCUGUGAACAAAGCCAUGCACACCGUGCUGCUCCACGGCUUUCAGCUGCUGCUCUGCCUCAUGUCUUUCACCAAUCCCAUUACAGAAAGGCUACUCCUGCUAAACGCCUACUUGCUGCCCGGUGACAUCUACUUCUUCACCUUUUUCUGUUUUUGCCUCAUUCCGCGUUUCCUCAGCCCACUCAUCUACGGCUGGCGGGACAAGAGCCUGAGAGACCACAUGAGAAAAGUCACUUUCUGCUGCUCUUAUAGUCUCAAGACCCGUGGCAUGCUGAAGCCAUCUAGAUUUUGAAAUUAUAGAUUUAUUUUUUACCAAAAGAGAAAUCAAUGUGAUAAUAAUAUCCAUAAGAUACGGUUUUUCCUUUUGUAAUUUUGUGUGUAUACGUGUUUUGAAGACAAUUCUUCAAAGAUGAUCUUAUAGGACCUUAUUACCGCACCGUGAAAAGUUGUAAAUUGUAUUUAAUAGAUGAUUGACAUGUGGUUGAGAUAGAAGCCAACUUUGUAGGGGAUUUUUUGGGCCACGGCUAAAGUGCGCUUUAAAAACCAAAUACAUUUUCAGUUACAAUCUUGUCGCAAUAAAGUAAAUGCAUUUGUGUAAUAUGUAACAAAUUAUAUUUGUUCUAACAACCUAGUUAUACCACAACGUAAAGCCUAAUGAUUGC